ACGGCUAUGUAUGUUUUCAUGGGAAAUCUGCAUUGAUUUCGAUGACGAUUUGGGUGCCUGUUCCGCCCCCACCAGAAUGAUCACGUAACAAGUUGGCACUGCCACCAAAUCGCUUGAACUGCGUGUGUUUAAUUGAUUGACAUUAUCUCUCCAGGUCUACCACGAAUAGCCAGGUUAGCUACUCAGAUUCAUGUCGAUCUGAGUUCCUCCUGGAUUAUAUGAAUCGCGGAAGACAUGGCAGAGGAUCGAAAGCGUCACUGCUGGGAAUGCCUUCGACGGUCCUUAGUAUGUGACUUCACGCGACCGGAGUGUAAGCGAUGUUCAGCGACUGGGGUGAUCUGCCCGGGAUAUAAUGAUACGCAGCCUCUCAGGCUAAGGUGGCUCGCGCCCGGAAGAGUCAAAUCUCGUAAACGGAAGCCCAUGAACAAGGACACCAAAGAAAUAACGAGGAAGCGGUCGGCUAGCCCUAAUGAUAUAAUUAGCCUUCCAACAGAGUUACAAACCGAUCUACAUGUGUUUGUCCAGGCGACAGAAUAUUAUAAUGCCUGCAUCUACCCCGAUUUACUGCACAUCUCCAGACUUGGCCCAAACACUGCCAUAUAUCCAAUCACACCUCCAAUCUUCCAGGUGGCCAUUGCGACCCAUCCUGAUCAUAUCCGACUCGUGAUCGUCUGCAUGACCCUGAGUCACCGAAUGAAUCGCGCCAGACAUGGACCCGAGUGCCAUGCGCUGGCGCGGAAUUUCUUUCACUAUCGUGGCCAGCUCAUUCGAUCUCUAAGUGAUGAUAUCAAAGUCGAACAUAAAUGUAUGAGCGAUCUCGUCAUUGCAGGCAUCCUGACACUUCUUCUUGUCGAUGCCCAACAAGGUGCCUCACCGCAUUAUCGGUGCCAUCUCGAUGGAGUACGAAAAAUCAUCAUGUUGCGUGGAGGCAUACGUUCGCUGGCACAAUCGACCGGGAUGGUGCCAUUGCUUCUUUUCGUCGUGUUCACCGCCGUCAUGGGAGAUACUUCCUCGCCUGUACCCGAUUUAACCAUGGCGACCUCGCAUCUCGAAGAGCUUGAUUUCAUGAUAAACCAAUAUAGUAGUCGACCAUUCGCCUUCGCGGCAUACCCUACCGCCUUAUUUUCUGAGAUCAUCAAAAUCAACUACCUCCGCGUCCGGGCCUCGAAGAGCGACCCCACACCAGCCUGCGUGUAUACUAACAAUGCAUAUGAAAUUCUUAAUCGAAUCCAUAGUUUCUCUGCAGAACAGUGGGCUGAGUCCAUGUCGACAUCCCAUGCAGAAUGGGUACUUCUAGGAAACAUCCACCAGGCCGCCGUGGCUCUAUACUGUAUCCUUUCUCUGCAAAGCUUAGCUGUCCUGCCUCAAAGCUCUUUCCUACAACAGCAUUGCCUCCACCACGCUCAGCAUCUACAUAGGCUUCUAAGUGACGCGUUGACUUUCUAUCGGAUUGAAAGAUUCAUCAUCUGGGAUCUAGUAGUGCUCGGCGUGGUGGGAGUAAAGGACGCAGGAAUCCGGAAGUUUCUACGGGAGCAACUACCAGAGCUAAGUCACUCUACCGGGACGUAUGCACCCCUUAUGGCGGAGGGUCUUCUGGAGAGAUUCUGGGCGUCGGGCGAGACACAUUGGGAUGCAUGCUUCGAUCAGCCUUAUACUUUUGCCAUGAAUAUGUCUGUGGAUGUUAGUGGCUUGCGGUAG